AUGGAAAAUUAUGAUCGUGGAUCACAAGGAAGUGUUCGAUUUGACAUUGAAGAAGAAAGUGUGGAACAGACAGCCAGAGAAAGAACUGAAGCUUAUGUGAACUCGCAGAACUACACAGUGUGGAAACUUGGUUUCCUAAAUAUCCUGAAGGAAUUAAGAGUAUCACCGAUCGAAGAACUUGAUCUGCUGACAAAAUGGCUAGGCCCUGAAUCCAAAAAAUAUGCACUCUCCAUACGCUCAGCAAACACUUUACAACCAGAGAGAGGUUUAUCCCUGAUAUGGGCCCGAUUAGAAGACUGCUAUGGGAAACCGGAGAUGGUAGAGGCUGCAUUGAAGUCAAAGCUCAGAGACUUUCCAAAAAUAACAGAGACAGAUCCAAAGCGUUAUUAUGAUCUACUUGACUUGCUGUAUGAGAUUGAGUCCAACAAGCAGGAUCCAAAAUAUUCCAGACUACUUGGAUACUAUGACACUUCCUCAGGCAUACUGCCUAUUGUUAGUAAACUCACCAACCAAGUACAAGAUAAAUGGGCCACCCGUGCAUCUCAGUAUAAACGUUUGAACCAUGUUCCAUUCCCACCAUUCAGCAUUUUUGUCAGUUUCAUACAGGACAUCUGUGAGUUGAAAAAUGAUCCAGGUCUUGUUUCAUCCACCAGGUAUUCAUUCGACAAGAAGAGAGAACCUACAAACAAAGUCUUUGUGCGGAAGUCAGAUGUUGGUACCGAAAUGCCAACAUCCUCUACACAGUGCCCUAUACACAAGGCUGACCAUCCCUUGGAACAAUGCCGUGCUUUCCUGGCAAUGACAUUCCCAAAUAAACAUGACUUUCUGAAAAGUAGGGAACUCUGUUUCCGUUGCUGCAAGGGAAAGCAUAGGACCAACAAGUGUAAACUUAAAUUGAGUUGUGAUGUAUGUAAGAGUGACCGCCAUGUUACCUGUAUGCACUUUCACAGAGACACUGGGCAAGAGAAUGGCGGGGAGAGUUCAUCUAAAGAAUCACUAUCUGCGAAGGGAGAUGAAAACAUUAUCACGUCUUCUUGUAUCCAAUUGUGUGGGAAGGACAAUGUUGGCCGAUCUUGUGGGAAGAUUGUCCUUGUGAACGUAUACCAAUCUAACAGACCUGAACUUACCUUUAGAACUUACGCUAUGAUGGAUGAUCAGAGCAAUAGAACCUUAGCUGGUUCCAAGUUUUUUGAUCACUUUGGACUAGAAGGCAAUGACUGUGUUUUCACAUUGAAUUCCUGCAGUGGUAGUGUUACAUUUUCUGGAAGAACAGCAGAGGGAUUCGUCAUCGAGCCAGUGUCAGCUGAACAGAAGUUAUACUUACCUAAAAUGAUCAUAGAAUGUGAUGAGAUUCCCAACAAUCGUAAGGAAAUACCGACUCCUGAAGUUGCGUCUGCAUAUCAACAUCUGCUGGAUAUUAGACCAUUUAUUCCUGAUUUGGAUCAAACAGCCGAGAUUCUGCUUCUUGUAGGAAGGGAUUUGAUCCAAGCACAUCAUGUGAUCGAACAAAGACUUGGGCCACCAGACUUGCCGUUUGCACAAAAACUGCACUUGGGGUGGACUAUUAUCGGUGAAGUGUGUUUGGGUAGUGCUCAUAGGCCCAAUUCCAUUGUAGUGAAUAAGACUCAUGUGUUGGACAAUGGGCGUAGUACCAUAUUUAAACUUGUGAUUCCAAGCUAUUCAUUACACAAGAAAAACGUUGUCAACAUGGUGUCAGUUCUUGCUCGGAAAUAUUCUGUAGUACAGUGA